AUGACCGAAUACAAGAAAAAGGUCUCCAGACUAUUCGGAGCGGUAAUCGGGAACUACCGAGAAAAGGUCACCGAGCUUUUCGGCGAGUUCUCCGAUUCCUCCGAAGAGGAAGAAACCGAGGCCGCGAAUUGGAAGCGGCUUCCAAAGCCAGGGACCACGGUCCAACGAUCAGACGCGGACCAGCUCCGGAAAGCCGUUUGGCUCACAACACCGCCUCCAAUACAACUGCGACGGCGAGUAAGCGCCACCUCCGCCUCUCGACACCGCCGGCCGACGUCAAAAGCCGUGCCACCAGCAAAAAAUCCGGUAACAACGCCAUCACUACGCCGGGAGAUAUUGCAGCGGGCGAUGGAGACCCGGGCCACCAUCUCAAAACCACCUGAGGCCCUAACCGCCGCCGAAAAACGCGCCCAAACGACUACCCGGACACCGAUGACCGCUAAUACCGGGACAAAAGGCGCACCGGCAGGGAAAGCAACCAAUACCAUUGCUCUCACCGGCAGCCGAGCGGCACCGAAGAACACCACCACCCGGACAGAAACUGCGACAAGGAGGCCGCCGACAACGCCGACAACAACCACCGCCGUCGCGCACAGAACAAAUCCGGCACCGCCAAAAUCUACUGCCACCCGAAUUACAACGGUAACGAGGAGGCCACCAGAGACCCUAGCAACCGCCGCCGUUCCUCCUACCAAGGAUCCAGCCCCACCGCCACCAAUCCGGGUACGACUAGACGACGGGACAGUGGCGAGCGUCCCGUACCACGCCGCUUAUCACUCCCGCAAAUACCGAGCUUCUACGCCAACGGGCCGGUGGCUGAUCCGGUUCGACCACGCCGGUCAGCCCCGGUCCACGCGCCGUUUAUCAGAGAAUAAUUAA